AUGCAGCUCGGAUACACAAUUCUAAAUCUUGUUCUCCUCUGGGUGAACUCUUGGGCUACAUUCAAAACUUUGAAUCGUAGGCAUCUCGCCGCACAAAAGACGACAACACGCGGUUCGCGGAUGCAACAGCGAUCAAAACGCGAGAUGAAGACCUGUCUUUCCGUUUGGGUCGUUUGGGUCACUUGGAGAUACAUCGAGCGCGUCGUCGAUCACAGCGUUGGGAUACUCAUACCCUUUCUUCACGAGAUCAAGUGUCUCGUUCUCAUAUUUCUCAUAAUCGCGCGUUCUUGGGCUACAGAGCCACUGGUCCUACAAGUCUUGCGACCUGCUAUCAAGCCCUAUGUGGGUCUCAUUGAUACAACCCUUCAUUGGCUGGAGAUGGGAGGCGACUUUAUGUUCCUUCUGAUUUGCCUCCCAUAUCAUCUUUUCAUGUCCUGGUGGAAUGGAACGGACAGUAAAGGCGAGGAGAAUUCCAUAAAGCUGGAAGUGGAUUUGGAGAUUAAUGCUCCGCAAAAACCCGCAUCCCAACCCGUCACUCCUGACCAGCCAACCAACGCCAUCGAACCCGACGUGUUCGCUGGCCCAGCGCUUGCUCCCUUGCCUGUUUUCGACACUGUGCCAAUAUCGGCUCAGGAAGCUGCCGAUGCUCACAGGAAAGAACAAGAAGAACAGGAAAAGGAAGAGGCGAGGAUCAGGGAAAUACAAGAAAGAUCGGCUCGCGAUCGAGCUUCUCAUCUUCGUCGAGUAGCCGGACCACCUCCUUCGGCUCUCAACAACAACACGCCUUCGUCUAGGUCGUUGCAAGCGGCAUUGCAAUCUUCAAAAGCUGCAUCUAAUACUGACCUUCCUGAAUCGAGUAUGAACACGGGGUCGAUUGUCAACAAGAGACCACCGAAUCAGAUUCACGUCCCGAUGCCAGCUGCCCCACGCGUGGUUCGACGUCAGCCAUCUAGAGAUGGCUCCGCGGAUGACUCUUCUCAACCUCCCAUAUACCCUCAUGCUGCGUUGAUUAUGCCUGUACCCGUUCGAGCACAAAGGGCACCAGCACGCCCUGCUGUGCAUGUCAACGCGUCCGUCUCUAUUCCCCGACCAAACAACCCAGCGCCAUCCGUCCCCAGCGUUGUCGUGCGCCCUAGUGUUCAAACGCUCCCCCGACCGCCAAGGCCACAACCUCUUCAGAAUCCAAUCUCGCGUACAGUAGGAGGUAAAUCGAGCGAUACCCUCGUCUCCUCAUCGACAUCGUCCUCCGCAUCGGUAAACGAGUUUGGCGUUAGUGUCCAUCGUCGUGAAGCAGCCAACGACGAUAGCAGUACAGUCGAUGGCGAGUCCCAGGACUCGAAUGCGAAAUCUCGGCGAUGGGAUGAUUUUGUGGGAUCUAUACAGCAACAGCACCAACGCCAUGAUACGGAUGCGGAUACCAUUGAAGCGACACGGAGGACGGCAGAGAUGGUGCAGCGAAUAACCGACAUGAAGAAGGAAGUGGACGAGAAACUUCAGCGAAUAUCCGAGAGGGCAGGGGCAGGCAAAGGUCCAAUUCAAGUGCCUAUCAUACGCAAGAGAGUUGCUACCCCAGCCACCAAGCCCUCGGUGGUAUUCCCGACGAAGCAGUCUCUCAGGCAUCAGCCUUCAGAGGAUGCGAUGACAGUCGACGAGACUAUUGCCAGUACGUCGCAAGUCGGCCAUAAACGUGGGCGAAAGCCUGGUGAUUCUGCUGGAGUCUCGGAGACAGAGGAGCCAAGGAACAAUGAGCAACAGAGGCGUUCGCCAAAGAAGCGAAGAGUCGACCUUGAUGCUGUGGAUGUCCAUAUGGACGUGGACACUGCGACGAUGGUGACCGAGUCCACCGCAGCUCCAGAAGGCAGGACAACACGAUCGACACGCAUCGUAGUCCAGCGUAAACCGUCUCAGGACACUAUGUCAUCACAAGCACCUCCUACACGCACCGGAACCGUUCGUUCUACCCGCACUGUGCAACCACAGCCCACAGAGACGACCGCACCAAGCGCUACUCGGCUGAGGAUGAAGCCGGCGAAUCUGCGACGCGUGGAUGUCAGGAGCCAAGCCAUGAAAUUGCAAAAAAUUAAAAAGACGAAAGGAAUAGAUUCAUACCUAAAGAAUGCGACCCUUGAGAUUGAUCUCUCUUCCAUGACUGUACGCGAAGAGGCAAAUAUCGAGCGCAAGACUCCUGGUGUGACUGGAAUCCGCCGAUUUGAGGUUUCGCUGCCAGCUGACGAGGGAGAGGAGAGCCCUCCGACACGAGAAGACGGCGCUGCGAACUGGCCUGGUGGCCCUCGGGGUCGGACGGUCGACAUGGACGGAGUUCAAAGUCAAACUCCGUCUGGACCUCUCCUCUUCCUCGAAACCUGCCGUGGUAUUCUAGACGACCUCGAAAUAGUUUCUAGCACCAUUGAAGAUCAAGAUAAAUUGUUUCAAUGCAACCGUUUGAUGGCCAGAAGUUAUCAGGACUACUUAGUGGUUCAAAAAAUCUAG